CGCCGAGCGCGCUCAGUCGCGGAAUAACCAUCGUUGAAUCUGUCACGAGCUACCUAUAGUUUCUAUCUCUUUCUCUUCUCCUUCCAAAAUUCUCUCCUAUAUCCUUCUCUCCUUUCCUUAUACUCUUUCUCGCUCAUCCUUUCUCCCUUCUCCUCGUUCGCCAGCCUUCCUCUCCGACCAAUUGUUACGAGUCAGCUGUGACACAUCGCGCUCGCUCGCAAUAAAGGAUCGGCGACAAGAAGCGAACAGAGACGAUCCGGCUGGCAACGAGAACGUAUCUUCGCUGUGCGUGUGUUGAGUAGAGUGAGGUACGUCGCCCUCCCAAAGUACACGUGCAUGUGUACGUACACGCUGUAGCGACUUUACUAUAUAUAUAUAUUUCAGUGCGUGGGUGCGCUGUGUUACAGUCGCGUUACGCUCGAUUUAUUUAUCCCCCCGUAAGUGUCGCCGUUCUGAAGAUAACAUGAGGUUGACUACGUAUACUGCCAUAGUAUUAUUCCUCGGUUUUGUUGCAUGUAUACAUUCGCAAGAAGAUAUAUCUACCGACGAAGUACUGAAACAAGUUGGCCAAGUGAUUGGCAACAAUACCGAACUGAACAAUCUGAAUACAUCAGCACUGCCAAGCAUGGAGGAGGCGAAGAAUCUCUUUAAGGAGAAAUGUACGAAGAACGGCGGACCAGGUGCAUUCGAAAAUGCACAGCAAGCACAGCUGAAUAUGGUGCAAUGUCUUCAAUCGCUCAUCAACAUCACGGAACUUCAGGCAGAGAUGGAGAAGUACAAGCCGACCGGUGAUCUGGACAUAGUGUUUAAGAAUUAUUGCAACAAACGCUCCAUUUUGCGUGCUUGCGUCAACAAUUUCACCGACACGGUGGAACAUUGUCUGGAUGAGAAGGAAAGAGAAAACAAGAAGAUUGUGCUGAACAUCACCGACUCGUUGUUAGAGUUUAUUUGCUACAAAGAGGGAGAUCGCAUUGCCCUUUUCAUAUCGGCCGGAGGACCGGAAUGUUUUCAAUCUAAACAGAACGCGAUUCAAGAUUGUGCCAAUAAUACAUAUGGUGGUUACAUACCAAAAACUGAUCCCUCUAAUAAUUUGAUCGGACUGGAAAGUUUGCCGUCACUGACUUUCGGCAACAGAGAAUGCAGGGAUAUGAACAGCCUUCAAGCCUGCGUUGUGGCAGAAUUGGAAAAGUGUCCAGAUCCAACACCUGCAAACAUAAUGGAUUCCAUAUUUAAUUUCGUUAAAAGAGUAACACCCUGCGAAAAUAUACUCAACGCGCAAAGCGCGGCCGCCACCGGUUCAAUGUCAACAUCCAGUGCCUCGAGCCUGGCAAGCACUCUUUCCACCUUAGCAAUCAUUCCAUUCAUCGUAGCAAGCUAUAGUAAUUUCAUUUCUGUAACAAUGUAAACAUAUACAUUAUAAAAUUUUAAAGUAUAAUCCAAAUAGAUGUCGAUGCGACAAAAAAAAAUGUGAUGAAAGUAUAAGGCGGAAUAUUUGUAUGAUGAGGAUUUACCCGCGAUGAGGAUUCACCCGGGAACAAAAAGCGUGCUGUUCUAAUAUAUAUAUUUUUUUUUUAUUAUAUAAAAAUGUUUUCUUUCAUUUUUUUUCUUUUUUUAUUAACGAAACAAAUUCUCAAUUUUUUUUUGCAGAGGUAUACUGUCUUUUACCUCAAAAAUAAUGUGUGAGAAUUAUUUAAGACGUUAAUUAAUUUAAAAUAUUCAAAUAAUAGCAAAUGACAAUUUUUAUUUUAUUGUUAAUUGAUUAGUUCCCGCGUAAAAUUCAAGUAUUUAAAAUUUAAAUGUUAAUUCCAUUUUUUACUAAAAAUGAUACAAUCAAAUCUUUUUUUUUUAUCUGCUACAUAUUAAAUUAUAUAUAAAUAAGUAUAUAAAAUAUAUAAAUAUUAAAUUGCUAUAUGUUGAAUAUAUGUUCGUUUGUGUUAUAGACAUAAUUAAUUUUAUUUAUACAUUAUAUUUAUAUAUCUACUCUCUUAGCCCUGUUAUUUGUUAUAUUGUGCAAAUAAAAGCAUAAUGAUGAUAUGAGGAAAUAUAACACCUUUCAAAAAAAAAAAAAAAAUUAAUUUUAAUGUACAUCUAAUAAAUUAUAUUACCAAUAUUGUGUUUAAUAGGAGUACAAUAUGUUUAAUAUAAUACAUUUUUUAUAUUUUGUACUUGUUACAGUUAGGUGUUAGGUAACUCCGCUUCAUAAGCAAAAUGCCAUUGUUGACAAUUUAGAUAAUGUGCAUUAUAAAAAAUUAUGACAAUUUGCUUACCCCAAAAAAAAAAAAGUAUAUAAAGUUAUAUACUUUACAUGCAGGAUAAUAAAUUAUGCGUAAGUUAUAUAUGGGGUUCACAGUUUUUUACAACUUUGUACAAUCAAAAGAUGAAACAGUAUUGUGCUCUUAGAAUUAACAAAAUUGACAUGAUGUUUGAUACUGGUAAUGCAUAAAUAUAUGGGUAUUCAUUUUAUUAAUGUAAAUGUAAGUAACGCAUAAGUUACGGCAAAUGUAUCUUAAUGUUAUAGUUUAAGUACCAAAGUCCUUUCAUUUAUAAUGACAUAUCUCUUUAAAACAAUAAAUUAAUAAAUUCAGUAUAUUAUUUACAAACAA